AUGGAAACAGAGACCAAUGUUGAAAUAUCUGUGAAAACUGAAAGAAUUGAUCCAGAAAUUGAUGAAAAAACGAACGAGAUACAACACGUUAAUGGUUUACUGGGCGACUUUAAACUCAGAGAAGAAGAAGUAUGGAUCAAACCGGAUAUAGAAGAUAGUUCGCAAGACUCAGUGAAGAAUGGACCACCACCGGACUAUAUCGAGGUCGAAGUAAAAGAAGAAUUUCCUCCGAGCAAAGAUGAUUCGGUGUCAAAAUUGCCUCUCAAGAAGAGGAUUCAAUCAUUGGACAAGGUACAAAAGGAUUUAUCUGGAGAUGAUGAUUCGACUGCGCAAAACGAAAAAGGCCAGGAAGGUGCUGAGGCUGACGGGGAGAAUACUGGACAAACAGACAAAGUGGACGAUGAUAAACCUAAAGAAAAAUACAUAAUGUACUCUUACGAGGUAACAAAGAACAUUCAGAUAGUGACCAUUACUGAAGAGGAGAGGCAGAUAGAGCACAUGGAGAACAUGAAACUGCGGCAGCACAUGAGACACGUGUGCGAGGACUGCGCCAUCGGGUUUGUGCUGGAGCAGGCCUACCUCAUGCACAUGAAAGUGCACUCAAAGGAGGCCGGCGAGCACGAGUGCGAGCUGUGCCACUCGCACCUGAAGACGGCGGACAUGCUGUACCGGCACCGGCUGCGACACUACCGGCGCUACCGCUGCCUGCUGUGCUGGACGCGCUUCAAGGACAAGGACACGGCCGCCUGCCACGUCAUGACCGACCACGUGGGCACCGCCUUCCACUGCGAACACUGCGGGAGGGGCUUUAAGCGUCCCCAGUACCUGAAGAGACACGUCGAACAGUAUCACACCAAACCUCAUCGACUGGAGUGUGCCGUCUGCUUCAGGGUGUUCCACGAGAGGGGGUGGUAUAGAUCACAUAUAAGAACUCACAACGAGGAGGUCCGGCUGGGCACGGUGAAGGUGCCGGUGACGUGCGACGUGUGCUCGCGCACGUUCAAGAACAAGUCGUGCCUCAAGCGACACCUGCAGGCGCACCAGGCAGAGAACGUGCCGUGCGACCUGUGCCACCUCGUGCUCAAGAACCGCCACGCGCUCGGACAGCACUACCUCAACGUGCACCACGAGAAGUACGAGGGCGCCCCGGAGGUGACGUGCGCGCUGUGCCUGCGCGUGUGCGCGACGCGCGCCAUGCUCAAGCGCCACGUGCGGCGCAUGCACAGCGACCGGACCAAGAAGUACCAGUGCGACCACUGCCAGCGCUACUACCUGACGAAGGGCGAGGUGCGCUCGCACAUCUCGUGGUCGCACGCGGCGGGCGCGCGCGCGGGGCACGCGUGCGGCUGCGGGCGCGUGUUCCGCACGCCCUCGCUGCUGCGCGACCACGCCGCACGCUUCCACGCGCCCCACCCGCCGCCGCGCAACCACGAGUGCGAGCUCUGCGGGAAGGCCUUCUCGAACAAACAAGUCCUAACACGUCACAAGAAGAGUCACUCGAACGAGAUGUACCCCUGCAACGAAUGUGGACUCCUCUUCAAGACCCAGCCGUACGUGAAAGUCCACUACCAGAUCAAACAUUUGAACAUGACCAGGGCACAGAUCAAGGCUCAACGCAAGCUCAACAAACAGAACAGAAUAGCACAGAACAACAUUCAUGUGAAACCCAACUGGGAGCCUGUUAUACCUAACAAGAAACAUGAUGUCUCUGAAAACGAUCCCUUGCUGGUCCAAAAAACGGAUAUCGCGAUCAAAUUAGAGAAAGAGAGCGACGAGGGAGAAGAAGAAAUAAAUGUACCCUUGUUCCAGACUUUUAUUGAUGUUGACAGGAAUUGA